AAUUCGUAGCGCAGAGGCCUGUGUACUGCUUCAACCUGACAUCAAUGCAGGAUUCGGAGAUGAUUCUUGCUGCCACGUUCCACUUCUACGUGGACAAACGCCCGCGGCACCGGGAAGUGUUUUGUAAGCGGUCCAAGAACUCGUCCUGCCGCCUCCUUCACCUGCCCCAGGUUCUGCGGCUCAACAUCAUUUUCCGAAGUGUUCCCCAGAACUCUGCCUAUGGACUAGUCAAAGGGAACAUCACUGUGUUUCUCCAAAGACGAGGGGCUUGGCAUGCAAAGGACAUUUCACACCUUAUAAAAGAAUCAAAACAGGCUGGAGAGCUCAUUCUCUGUGCUGAGCUUGAUUCUGGUGAGAAACACCAGGGUUUCCCUGAAGAGGUUGCCACUCACUUGCCUUAUAUACUGGUUUAUGCCAAUGAUCUUGCAAUCUCCGAACCAAACAGUGUAGCAGUCACCCUACAGCGGUAUGAUCCAUUUCCUUCCAAUGAUGGAGACCCAAAUCUAUCCCCAAAUGCUUCUAAUGAUACUCGGGUGAAGAGGGACACAUACCUCAGUAGCUCUAUUCAGAAUAACGAGUUGCCAGAAGUAGAAUACAGCAACAAAUACAAUAAACAUGAUAUAUGGGAGAAUGCCUACAAGUCCUUAAAACCAAAAGCCUCACGCAAAGAUCGAAGGAGAAAAGGGCAAGAAAACACAGAAAAAAUCUCAAAAUCUCAGGUGCUAAAUUUUGAUGAGAAAACAAUGAAGAAAGCAAGGCGAAAACAAUGGAAUGAACCAAGGAUUUGUUCAAGAAGAUACAUGAAAGUUGACUUCGCUGAUAUUGGCUGGAAUGAAUGGAUCAUAUCUCCAAAAUCAUUCGAUGCCUACUACUGUGCAGGGGCAUGUGAAUUUCCAAUGCCUAAGAUCGUCCGGCCAUCAAACCAUGCUACGAUCCAGAGCAUCGUAAAAGCAGUGGGCAUCAUUCCCGGCAUUCCAGAGCCCUGCUGUGUUCCUGACAAAAUGAGCUCGCUCAGCGUGCUUUUCUUAGACGAGAACAAAAACGUGGUUUUAAAAGUAUAUCCCAACAUGUCGGUUGAAACCUGCGCGUGCCGAUAAGUUCACAGAAAUGCAUCUCUAACAAGACCUAAG